CCUCAACUAAGGAAAGGGAAGGUCAUAUCCCAAUAAUGCACAGUACCCCCUCUAUUAAACUCCCUCUUUUAUCCAUGGAUGACAGCUAUAUGAAUCAAGUUCAACCAAUUGAACUGGAGGGUAUAGAAUCAGACAGAGAAAGUGAAGAGAACUUCAUCAACGAAGCAGGUUACUCUGACCCUAACCUAAAGGACUUGGAGGAGUUUAAUGAUUGCAUUGAGGCUUGUGGCCUUACUGCCCCACCCUUCUGUGGAGGGAUUUUUACUUGGACUGGCACUAGAAGUAAAGGGAAACUCUGGAGAAGGUUGGACAGGGUUCUCAAUAACCAAUCUGCUAAUGAGGCUUUCAAUGAUAUCAAUCUCACCCAUCUAAGCAAGACUACUUCUGAUCAUAAGCCUUUAUUUAUCCAAUGUAAAGUUGAUGGUUUUCAGGGCCCCAAACCAUUCAGAUUUCUUAAUGUCUGGACUCAUCAUCAUAAUUUCUUGGAUGUGGUCAGUAACUAUUGGGAGAACAACCCUAGAACUGGGGGCAUGUCUGGUUUAGCUCACAAGCUUAAGGGUUUAAAACCUAUUCUGACUCACUGGAACAAGAAUCAUUUUGGUAACAUUUUUCAGGAAGUCAAGGAUAAUGAACUUAAAGCUGCCAGAGCUCAAGAAGAAUAUGAAUCAGAUCCUUCGGAUGACAAGAGAACACUUGCUCAUCAAGCCUCAGCUAAUCUGAUUAUUAGUCUUAAUAAAGAGCCAAAGGAGUCACUUAUUCCAAACUACCUUGAUAAAGUGGUUGAUGAUAGGGACAAUCAACUGAUCUCCACUCUACCCAAUGAAGCAGAUGUUUACAAAGCUAUUAUGAGCCUUAACCCAGACAGUGCAGCUGGCCCGGAUGGAUUUAAUGGCCGAUUUUUCUUUAGAACCUGCUGGAACAUUAUCAAGGUGGAUGUAUUACUUGCCUGUCAGGAGGAGCAGACAGGAUUUCAAAAGAAUAAGGGUGUUGAGGAACAGAUUCUUUUGGCUGAAGAGAUGGUUCAUAUGAUUGAUAAAGAGGUCAGAGGAGACAAUUGCAUUAUCAAAUUGGAUAUGGCCAAAGCUUUUGAUAGAGUUGAUUUGAGAUAUCUCAUUAAUAUUCUGGGACAACUAGGGUUCAACUCUCACUCCCAAAAACUUCUUAUGGCCAAUCUAGUGGGUUCCUAUCUUUCAGUUCUUAUUAAUGGAUCACCUGCUGGCUUUUUUCAAAUAAAGAGAGGGGUGAAACAAGGGGACCCUCUUUCACCCCUUCUAUUUCUAAUUAGCAGUGAGUGCUUUUCAAGGAUGAUCAAAUUUCAUAUGAAUACCUCCUCUCUGGGCAGUUUCAACACAGGUAAUCAUCCCUUGAUCAGCCAUUUGGCCUUUGCAGAUGAUCUAGUGAUCUUUCUAAAUGGGGACACUAGGAACUUAAAAAAGUUCAGAAGGAUUCUAGAGGACUAUCAGCAAGGGUCUGGGCAGCAAGUUAAUCUCAACGAGAGUAGCUUUUACAAAGGAAAAAAGGUAAACCAAGCUAAAUUAGGGUCUAUGGCCAGAAGCCUAGGUAUGGAUCAUGGGGACCUACCAUUCACAUAUCUUGGUGCUAGAAUGGUCAAAGGCAAGCUUAGAAAACAUCAUUGCUCCAAACUGCACAACCAGUUCGACAAAUACCUAAACUCUUGGUAUAGCACCACUCUUAAUCCUAUGGGGAGACUUGUGUUGAUCAAACAUGUGUUAUCAUCCAUACCUCUUCAUAUCACUGCUGUUCAUAUUAUCCCUCAAUCUAUCAUUCACACUCUCCACAAAAAGAUGGCUAAUUUUCUUUGGGGUUUCAAAAAUGGUAAACCUAAAUACCAUUGGAGCAAGUGGAUCAACCUUUGUGUUCCAACUAAUGAAGGAGGUCUUAGCCUGAGAAGUCUUGAUGAUAUUCAGGAUGCCUACUCUAUCAAGCUUUGGUGGAAAGUUCAAACUGACAACACUAUGUGGGCUAGGUUUAUGAGAGCCAAAUAUCUUAGUCGGUCUGAUUUCAAAGAAAGGCAAGGCUUUAUGAUUCUCCGACCUGGAAGAGAAUAUGCAGGAUCAAUACCACUGCAAGGGAGCAUACCACAGGGGUAGACAACCAAAUCUCCUGGGAAGAUGGGGACUUUACACUUAAAAAGGCUUACAACAUAUGCAGACCCUAUAAUCCUACUCAACUCAACUACUCUUACGGCUGGAAUAAGGCACGAAUCCCGAAGGUUAAAUUCUUCCAUUGGAGAGCUCUAAAAAUAAUGGGGUUUCAACUAG